AUGCAAUCACACGGUGCGAAGCGUGUGGAAGGGUGGUGGUUUCCCCUCCAGUCCAAUCAAGAUGUCAAAUUAUGGACAUACAUAAGUCUCAUUUUUUUGCAACAUACACUUCAGUCGCAGCCAGUCACGAAUCAUGACAGGUUUGAGCCUUUAUCAGGCAUCAUCUUGAUUGAAAUAUCGAAGUUCACUAUCUCCACAAUUUAUGUCAUGCACUCCGACACGGCCCCGUCGCUGCGAAAGACUGUCCGAGGCACACUACUUGGUGCUUCUAAUGAUACUACCGUGUCAGCGGUACUUUUUACUGCCGCAACCAUUUUACAGAGUGUGGGGGCUCAUUAUCUUGACCUCAUUCCCUACCUUGUUUUGUCCCAGCUAAAGACUCUCGUCACCCCCAUUUUUGCGAGAUUCAUAUUAAACCAGAGAUAUCCUCCCAGGAACUGGAUAUUUAUUGCCAUGAUGGCACUUGGCAUUGUUCUGGCCCAGCUUGGAUCUGGCUCGGACAAAUCAAAUCUGAAGGGGUUAAAGACUCAGACCAUGGUAUAUGGAGCAAUUGCAAUGCUACUAGCAGGAGUUUGCGUUGCUCUGGGUAGCCUAUGCAUUGAGAGAACCAUGAAGCGAUCCGGUCUGCUUUUCCUCUGCAACGCUCAACUAGCGGCUUACAGCUCCUCCUUUGCACUCAUCUACUUCUGCUGGCUUACAAAAUUCAGUUUUGGGCAGUUUUUCCGAGGAUUUGAUAUGCUUGUUUGGAUAUACCUUGCCCUCCAAAUUUCCGGAGGCUUUCUCGUUGCGUGGUGCGUUCAGAUGACGAGCACAGUAACCAAAAACUAUGCUCAGGGUCUGGGAUUUGUCUUGGCUGUCGUGGUGCCUCGAUUAGUGACCAACCAACAUAUCAGUCUCGAGCUGCUGGCCGGAGUUGGUCUCGUCUUGAUCUCUGUACUUGGGUCGACAUCUUCCAACCAAAGAAAACCGGCUAUGGAGGAAAUCAAUGAAAAAGGAAAUGACUUGGAUAUGGGCGAAGUGUGA